CUGGAAAGGCGGAAGAAGAGAGAAAAACAACAACAUCGGCGGCAGCAGCAGCAGCUCUCCGGCUCGGCGACGGUAGUUGACGGGAACCGGGCGAUUUCACAAUUAUCUGUUCAGUGUCACGAAGUGUCGGCGGGUUGUGUACGGUUAUCAAACCAGUUACUGUUUACAUUUAAUAGCAAAAUGUCAGGCUUUCUUAAACUUUUCGGUGGCGGGGGUAAGGGUGGGAAAUCGCCGACACCCCAGGAGGCUAUCCAGAAACUCAGAGAGACGGAGGAGAUGUUGGCCAAAAAACAGGAAUUUCUAGAGAAGAAAAUCGACCACGAGCUCAUGACGGCGAAGAAGAAUGGCACGAAAAACAAACGAGCGGCUCUACAGGCCUUGAAAAGGAAAAAGCGUUACGAGAAGCAGCUGACUCAGAUUGACGGGACGUUGUCUACCAUCGAGUUCCAGCGGGAGGCGUUAGAGAACGCAAACACCAACACAGAAGUGCUGAAGAACAUGGGCUUCGCUGCCAAAGCAAUGAAGGCUGCACACGCAAACAUGGACAUCGACAAAGUAGACGAUCUGAUGGAUGAAAUCACAGAACAACAGGAAGUGGCCCAGGAAAUCUCAGAUGUCAUUUCCAGACCAAUUGGCUUUGGGGAAGACUAUGACGAGGAUGAGCUUAUGGCCGAGCUGGAGGAGCUGGAACAGGAGGAGCUGGACAAAAAUCUUCUGGAAGUUGGAGGGACAGAAGACGUUCCACUGCCAAGCGUACCAUCUACAUCACUUCCAUCUAGACCAGCCAAGAAGAAGGAGGAGGAAGACGAGGACGACAUGGCAGACCUCGAGGCCUGGGCGGCGGCUAACUGAGCUAGCUCGCCCUGCUAGCUAGCUAGCUCCCCCCUCCUGUCUGUCUCUCUGCUAACAGACAUCUGGAAGAGAGACAGGGACUCUGGGCUGCUGAGCUGGCUGCUGGCAUGCUGCUCUGUCCUUAAAGCCUUCAUCCCGAUAUCUAACCAUACCCCAGCCCUAAAGUAUGCACUUGUGCACAAGUUUGCUGACUCCAAAUGAAACGAACCCAGGCUUUUCUCUUGUGAUUAUUGUUGACAGAAUGAAUCUCUUUGCUCCAGCUGUUCACUCCUCUGUUUCUAAAGGGCAUAGAGUAUGGAAUGAAAAUACCAUGCCCAGCAGCCUGUGGUUGUUUAUAUCAGUUCUCUUUGUAAGUAAAAUGAGUGCAUGAAUGAGCACUUAGGUGCAUACUUGUAGGGAGGGGUGUGUGUGGAAGAACAGGACGAGGCUUGUUUCUGGAAGGAAUAUAAAGAAUCAACAGAUGUGUGGGGGGAAAAAAGUGAAAACAGAACGACAACAUGACUCAGCCAUUUUUCUGCUUCCUACGUUGUCAUCUCUCUGCUCUUCUACAACAAUGAUGACAGCACAUUUCUGCUAAAUACCAACAGCAGCCCCCCAAAACAAUGUAUAUAAUAAAUGUGUAGGACUUUGUCAUUGAAAUGCCACUGUUAAAUUACAAAACGAGGAAAUGCUACUGUUGUGAUAAAACAGAACCAGGGUUCGGUCCCUCUGUCAGUCGUAUCUCUUGCUGAAAAAUUGUCAGGAGAAACUGGAUGUAAUCUAUUAAACUACAAAUAAAAAUUUGGAGAAAAGCUUUAUUUCAGUAAAACAGUUAUUUACAGGGAGGCAAGAUUGUAAAAAGUGAGGUUGAGAGUGGCAGCAAAUCUGACGUGCUAACUAGCUCAAUAUGCUAACUAGUAACUUUUCCGCCACAAUCACAAACGCCACCUUUAAAGAGCAAAAAUUGUCCAACGUUUUACAAAAAACAAGGAAAAAAUUUUGGAAAAAUAGCAGUUCAUGUAAGAUAUUAUUAACUUCUUGAUUAAACCUUUGAAUUUUCUUGUGAACCACUGCUUUAUUUGGAAUCAUUUUUCCAAAUUCUUUCGAUUAUGUCUGGAAUUUUGAAGUCAAAUGAGUCUUUGAAGAACAAGUUCAAACCUGCCAAAGUUGUCCCUAUCAGUGAACUCACUGGCAGUUCUGACAGACUGCUCCUUAUUUAAUUAGAGCAGUGGUAAAACUACUUUCUCUACAAGACAGCUCAUUCAGAAACCACCAAACUGUGCUGCUGUUUAAAGACGCAGUUUUAGGUAAAUGACUGUCACAGCAUAAUCAGUAUUUAUCGGUCAGAAACGUUGACAUCAACCCUGUUAUUGGUGCUCUAAUUCAUGUUUUAUGCUUCAUAUUAGGUACUCAAAUUUAGGAUAGAGCUGCCUCUGCUGCUUCUAGAGGUAUAUGUUUACAGGUACAACACUAGGUCACUUGAGGAACCCUUUAAGGAAUGUUUAAACAGUAGCCCGAGCAUGAGCGUGGAACAACUGUGCUCAAUUUCCUCUAGUCAUAUUCAAUUUCUGUAGUUUCACAAUAUGUCUUUGUAAUACUUCUGUCUUCACCCCAAUACAAUAGAGAUGAAUGGAAUUUCAUUUAUGUUUGAAUGCAGUUCUUGAACCAAGGUCAUUACCAUUGCCAUUCAUUACCUCACCAGUAGUCUGGAGCAGCCACAGAGCACACAUUUUUGGUUGUUGUCAGAAUCUAAUUCCUAAAAACAAAUAUCUGUAUGGCUAAAUGACACUAGAUGAAUAUGAGAUUAUCCUAAAAUAAUAUCUGACUGAUAAAUACAGAACCAAUCCAUGUCUGAGGCAAAGUCUCAAAAAAUUAGAUAAAGCUGCUCUUAAUGUUGUGACAGUUCAUACAAUCUGCUGAUUACUCCAGUAUGGCUGCCAGACGGCACAUUACAACACCUCAGAAGACCUCUGUUGGUGAAAAUGAAAUCGCUCGUGCCUGACACCGCCAAUGCCUUGCCCGUCUGUGGUUUAACAGUGACAAAAUCAGAGAAACUCCUACAUGGGUUGAAUUUCGAGAUGACGAGUGUGAGUGCGUGAUGUUUUUUCGGCCUUUUGACACCCUGACCUCUUGUGAAGAUUUAGUCAAAUUGCGAUGGUGAGAUGAUUAUUUUUCAUUUGCACUUGACUCACCUGUAGUACUAAAUUGAUUUAAGCAUUGAGCGACAAGUACGGGACGUCUUUGUGAUAAAACCAUGACACGAGAGAGUAUAAGCUCGACUUGCUGCACCACCAUUUAUGGCUGCUCUUCCCUCUUUCUGCUAGCAGACAGGUUUGUAAUGGAUGAAUUGGGGUUGAUUGUCAAUCAAACGGAUGGUUGAGACUUUAGUUUACACAUGAUCUGUAAAAUGAGAAGCAAAUGAGCAACUUUCCUUCAAUUUUCUAAUGCACAGUAGCCUACACUAUAUUCAAGAAUGGGUCAACCCCAAUCCUGACAUUUAUAGAAAAUAGCGUGCGUGCGCCAAUAGCAUUUGUUAUUCUUUUAUUUUUCCUGUUUACCUCAAAUAUCAUUCAUAUUCUCUCACUGUGCUGAAAUGCAGUGUGGCCUGUAGCCAGUUCUGCUCAGAGCUGGACAAAGAGGUCGGACUUUGGAGAUUGGAGACUGUCGUUGAUGUGGAGCUGUAUACAGUUUACCUUAAUAAAGUUGGGAUUCAA